UUUUUUUUUUUUUUUUUUGUAAUUCAUUGUAUUUUAGUUUUUAUUUUAGUUUUUAUUUUCCCGGCAGAAACCGUUCUUAUCUGGGCCAACUUUGUCUCCCUCAAAUGCAUGUCUGAGACUAGACUACGUAUCUCUCUGUCUGUCUAACUUUUAUAUUGCUCUUUUUUCUUUCACCUCAGUAAUUAGACAUGGUAACUCCUUACGUUGUUUUAUUUAUCUAACCAAUGCCUAUACUCAUUAAUCAAACUCAUUGACAUACACGCUACCUUACACCAAAGGAAUAAACAACAACUCCACAACCAACACAAUCACCAAACCCACCUAAUUCAAUUCAAUUCAACUCAACCCAAACCAAAGAAAAAGGAAAAGGACCAAGAAUACAUGCCAACCCAAAAGAAAAGAAACCAACAAAAUGCCCCCCAUAAAAAUCCUCCCCUCCAACAACAACAACAACAACAACAACAACGACAACAACACCACUACCACCACAUCAUCCAUAUCCAGCUUCACGACCUCAAUCUCCACAAAUUCACUCUCUUCAAAGCAUAACAACACCAAUACUCACCAACAACAAACACUCACCCGCCGUCCAACAUUAACCAAUCUUACAAGAUGGGUCUCGAGGAAGAUAUCUCGACAGAGACUGCCUGAUCAUACUAGUUCUAGUCGUGAUGGGGAUCUCAAUGAGGAGGAGGAGGAAGGGAGAAGGACGGAGGAUGAUUAUGCGGCUUGGUGUUGGGCUUUUAGUGAGGGGAGGACUACGGGACCUUAUUCUCAUUCUCAGGGGAAUACUACUAAUACUUAUCCUCGUCGGUGUGACGAGUAUGGGGAUAAUCAGGGGUAUGAGUAUGAUCAUGGGUAUGGGUCUUCUUAUCCUGAGCAUGGUCAUGGUCAUGGUCAUGGCCAUGACCAUGGACAAGAACAUGAACAAAGCUAUGAUGAGAAUCUAUUCUCAGAUUUCGACGGACAAAGCCCUAGAAAUGACUGUUCCACGGGAAAGUCCGAGGCCCCGACAUCCGCAGAUCAUGGUGGGGAACAACAGGGCGGCAAUACGACGAACACGAGGGGAACGUACACGUUUCUCCAGAACCAAGAUGAUCGACUGGGACGACACGAGAGCUCGGAAAGUGUUCCGGCGGAUCAGCUGUUGCGAUUUACGCCGAUCGGUCACUAUGGGUAUAGUCCCUUGACGGCGGGGUCACCAGUGUCGCCGCCACCUCGCAUCCUGACGCCGGCCAGGUAUGCGGAGACGAAUCGGAUGGAGAGGGAGAAAAGUAAUGAACUGAAGCAAAAGCAGAAGGCGCAGAAGGGCUUUUGGGGGCCGGUUCGAGCGCUGUGGCUUUCUUUGCGGCGGUCGAGGUGACAUUCUACUACUUACUAUAUGUAAUAUUCUGUCCAUUCCUUUUACAUUUCUUUUUUCUUUUCUUUUCUUU